AUGUCACUCCCCGCAGGAAAAGCACCAGAGCGUAAGAAUUUAUUCAAAAAGGGAAUUGAUGCCGAUGAAUCCCGUCGUAGUCGUUUGGAAACAACUGUGCAGAUCCGAAAGACUAUUAAGGAAGAUCGUAUGAAUCAACGUCGUCGUAUGACACCAGCAGAUAAUGGAUCUACAACAACUCCUGCUACGGGGGACACUGCUGGAGAGUUGACGUUACUGCAACGGCUGACGGAGCUUCCACAAAUGGUAGCGGGUGUGCGGUCGAGUGAUGCAGCUGUGCAACUUGAAGCAGUGACCAAGUUUCGUAAACUUCUGUCCAUUGAGCGUAACCCACCUAUUAUGGAGGUGAUCAAUACCGGCGUCGUUCCUAUCUUUGUGCAGUUCCUUCAGCGCGAAGACUUUCCCACGCUGCAGUUUGAGGCUGCCUGGGCUUUGACGAACAUUGCUUCGGGUACAUCUGCAGACACUGAGGUCGUGAUUAACCAUGGAGCUGUGCCUGUGUUCUGCCAGCUACUACUGUCCACAAAUGAUGAUGUGCGCGAGCAAGCCGUCUGGGCUCUUGGCAACAUUGCCGGUGAUUCGAUUGAGUGUCGUGACAUGGUUUUGCGUUGCGGUGCAUUGCGCCCACUUAUGCAGCAACUGACAGAGAACUCGAAGCCAACGAUGCUUCGUAACGCUACGUGGACGCUAUCCAACUUUUGCCGAGGCAAGCCUCAACCGCAGUUCGAUCUCGUGGCGCCCGCGCUCCCAACUUUGGGCCAGCUCAUUUACACCCACGAUGAGGAAGUGUUGACAGAUGCGUGCUGGGCUUUGUCGUACCUGUCGGAUGGCACGAACGAAAAGAUUCAGGCUGUGAUUGAGGCUGGUGUGUGUCGGCGGAUUGUGGAGUUGCUGAUGCACCACUCUCCUUCCGUGCAGACACCUGCUCUACGUACGGUCGGCAACAUCGUGACUGGUGACGACCUGCAGACGCAGGUCAUUAUCAAUUUGAACGCGUUACCGUGCCUGCGUGCACUUUUGGAAAGUCCCAAGAAGGGAAUCCGAAAGGAGGCUUGCUGGACACUGUCUAAUAUCACAGCUGGCAAUCGGGAACAGAUCCAGUUCAUUAUGGAUUCCGACAUUUUCCCGUCCCUUAUUAGUUUUCUAUCCACAGCUGAGUUUGACAUUCGCAAGGAAGCUGCAUGGGCUGUGUCGAACGCCACGUCUGGUGGUUCUGUGGAACAGAUCAUGCAACUUGUCGCUCUUGGGUGUAUUAAGCCUUUGUGCGAUCUGCUGGAGGUGAAAGACGCAAAGGUUGUGAUUGUGGCUCUGGAGGGCCUCGAAAACAUUUUGCGUGCCGGUGAUCAGCAGAAGACUAACGACAUCAACGACAUUGCAACGAUGAUUGAUGAAGCGGACGGCGUGACUAAGAUUCAGGCUCUGCAGUACCAUGUGAACGAGGACAUUUACAUGAAGUCUUUGAAAAUUGUGGAAACAUACUUUAACGGCGAGGAGGAUGCGGAAGAUAGCCUAGCGCCUGACACGGAUGCAAACGCACAGCAGUUCCAAUUCGGCACAACCGCUGACCAGCCUACCAUGUUCCAGUUUGGUCAGAACUAA